AUGGUUUCUCGCUCUGAACAUGUCCGUGACAUGACGGACGAAAGCUCAGCACGGAGCCAUCGCGGUUGUAGGACGGUGAGCCGAGGUCUUCUUGGCGCAAUCUACGAAUCCCUUCCUCCCGCCUUCUCAAACGAAAUGAAAGGUACCCCGGUAUCAAUCUGUUAA